CUCCAUUGACAUCCAUGUUAAUUCAUGGUGGUGUUUUAUGGCGCUAUGAAGACAUUAGGUGACUUUGUAAGACGUAUCAGUAGCUUCACGAGGCUUAAUUCUGGCACUUAUCACCCCCCAAACCUCCCCUCUCUGCGCCGCUGCUUUGUUUCACAGGCAACAUCACAACAGCAUAUAUUUGACAAGGCAGUCUGCGUGUGUGUGACAGGCUGGCUGGCUGGGCUGGCCGCAUCGGGGGCAGAUACGAUUUGUUUUUGUGAUUACCGCAUUGUUAUUUUUCCUCUGUUCGCUGCCAUUUCCGGGUCGUAGAGUGGAUAGCAGCUCAAGUCAGAUUUGAUGGUGAUGUUGAGUACGUGUAUCUGAUUUGGCUAGGUCGAGGCCAGGAGCAUCUUUAACAGCGUGGGAGUAGGAUAGAGGGAGGGAAAGAGAGAGAAACCGCGUUGUCCGUAUUGCGUCCGUCUGUCGCGCUCCGCGGUUGUGAAUGGACUGCGCUCCCUCAGUGUUUAUCUGCAGUCACUUCGAGUCGUUUCUGGAGGAAGAUGGCGGACAGGGAUGAGAUGUUCUCACUCUCCACCUUCCACUCCCUCUCUCCUCCAGGCUGCAGGCCUUCCCAUGACAUCAGUCUGGAGGAGUUUGAUGAUGAGGAUCUGUCUGAAAUCACAGAUGACUGUGGAAUAGGACUCAACUACGACUCUGAUCCAUACGAGAAGGACUGUCUGAUUCGGGAGAAGAGCGAUAUUCACCACCCGGUCUGCUCCUUCCAGGACGACUUCCAGGAGUUUGAGAUGAUCGAUGACGAGGAUGAGGAGGAUGAAGAGGAGGUGGACCCUGAUGCUCCACCCUCCCCCUCCGCUUCCCUUCCUCCUUCCCCUACACUGGGCACUCUGAAGAGCCGGCCCACCACCCUUAACCUCACCACCACUCUCUCUCUCUCCCAGGACUCAUUGAACAACAACAGCAGUCUUUCUCCAAAGAAGGGCAGCUGGCAGCAUUCUCUACGCAAGCCCACCUCACAAGGCCGUCUGUCUCCAACCCACUCAUGUCUGGAAGAUGGGAGCCACGUGACAGGCCAGUGUCCUUCCCAAACAGCCCCCCAGGCCCCAGCGUCCCAGAGCAAAGGCUCCUUUGGUCAACACAAGUCUCACCUGGGCUCUGACGAGGUCAUUAACUCCUCAGCCGACCCUUCAACUCUGACCUCCAGAGUUUCAUCCCUGGAUGACCACUCCCAGUGCUCUGACACUGAGGUCGACCACGACCUCAACAACGCUGACCACAACCACAAACGUUCACGGUCCUGCAUGUCCACCCAGCGACGUCCCACCGACACCUACACGGUCACUACUGAGUCAGGCCUGGACCGGGAACCGGAAAACGACCCAGACGGGACCAGCCGAUGCCUGUCCUCCACUGCUCCCAUUGGGGGGAAUGACGGAGCUGACACCCCUCUGUCAGGUGAGGAGCUGGAGAAAGAUUUUGACGUAGAGUUCAUGUGUAAGGAGACCUAUGACAUGGCGUGUAAGGAGAACCAGAGCUCAGUCUACGUUGAGUUCCCCUCCAUCGAGCCCUGUGAGCUGGCUUUUUUCUCCAGCUAUAUGCCAUCAAGCCGCUCUGAUGUUCUCGACCAAUCCAGAAACACUGACCACAGCGAGCUUCCAGCUACAGCCAAUGAGGCGGCCAAUGACUCCACAUCUCCGUCCUCGGACCCUGGCAUCGCUGACAUGAAUGACAAGCGGUGCUACGCCACCUCAGACCAAGAGCAUGACCUGAGCUCUCCCGGGUCAGAAUCAGACAUUGAGGGGGAGCUGGAGGCAGCGUUUGCCUGCGGAGGACCCCUGGUCUCCAAUAUGAUCUCCUCCAUCUCAGAGACAGAGCUGGACAUGACCAGUGAUGACAGUAGUAGUGGACGCUCCUCCCACCUCACCAACUCCAUCGAAGAGGCCAGUUCACCCACCUCCGACCAGGAACUGGGCCCUGACAACGAGUUAGAACAGGACAGCAGCAUUGUGGGAAUGAAGGUAUCGCUCCUCCUUGGCCACCCAGACCCCAUCAAAGUGGGCUCACCCUUACCCUCACCUUCACCACUACCCUCCCCCAGCCUAGCCACCCCGCCCCCUGCUGACUCCCCCAUCCUGCCACCAGAGCCCUAUGAUGACGGCCAGGCUCUGAUGGGCCUACAGAGUGUAGAUGAUUAUGAUGAAUUGCCUUAUGAGCACCAGGCUGACCCAGAUGAGGCCCUGCCCCCACCCCCACGCUGUGAGGAGGACAGAAGGUCCAAACAGAUGGUACUCCAGAUAGAACCCGACCACAGCCUGGAGAGCUUCAAACACUCCUUCUACCUGCCAGUGGGACCCAGACUCAUACCCACUCACGCUGACGACUAUGACGGUAACAGUGAGGGAGAGUCCGAGUCGGAGAGCGAGGACGAGCUGAGCGAGAAUUCAGACUCACCCUGGUUGCUUAACAACCUGGUGAACAAGAUGAUCUUGGAGGGGUCUUAUCCAAUUAGCUGUCCCGAGGACUGUUUCAAGAGGUCAGUGUCCAUCUCGGACACCAUCUCACCCUCCUCAGACAUCGAGCCAGUCACGUUCACCGACGCUGCGGGUGAAAGAAUGCUGAAAUCUGGGACGAAGGAAUCGAAAGAUAAAAAAGGGAAGGGUCUGAGGAAGGAGUGGAAGGAGAGAGAGAAGAUGGAGAAGAGUGCAGAGCUGCCCAAAUGGAACACAGGGAAAGUCAACGAUAGAUUUGGCCCCUGUCUGUACAAGAUCAAUCCCACAGCUGACACCAUCAGACCGGUGAUCGUGGAGCGUUAUGGCAACAGGGUAUCCACAAACAACAAUCACACUCAGGACUCUAAGAAAGAAAUCACCAGCCCUAAAUCAGGCAAAAACACCAAGAGGCAGGAUGAAGAAGCUGACGAUACUGUGGAGCCCGAUAACGACCUGAUGAUGCUGGAGGGUACGGAGGAGCUGGACUCUCCUAUUCUGAGUGAGAGCGUGGCGAUUGACAAGGACGAGGGCCGCGAGACAGAGGCCAAGCCCAACGGACACUCUACGGCCUCCCUGGAACGCAUCAACACUGUCAAACACAGCAUGACCCUGGAUAUCCCCACGGCCCAGACCAACCGAUGCUUCAGCCUCACCUACUCCACUGACAAUGAUGAGGAAGAGGGAGACUCCUCCCCAUUCCUGAGCUGCCUGAGGAAGCAGUCAUCCUACGUUGGCAGCCACCAGUACCUGGAUAGCUCUCCGCCCAUCGACGAGAGUGUCCGGGACCUCACCCUAUUGGAGCAGGAACGCACCCUGUGUGAGAGAGACCUCCCUCUGCGGUCCCAGCCGGAUGACGACGGUCUGGCAUACGACUCCAUGAAGUACACUCUGGUGGUGGAUGAGAACACUACACUGGAGCUGGUCAGCCUCAGGAGAUGUACCUCUGUGCUGAGUGAUGACAGUGAGCUGUCUACACUGUGUGACGAUGACCCUCUGGGGAUGGGGGAGGUGGGGUACUUCCGGGGGAACGGAGGGGUGCGGCCAGAACUCCUCAGCUCGUCAGAAGACUCCUCACCUGAGGCUGACAUGCACUUCUCCAAGAAGUUCCUCAACGUAUUUGUCAACAGCACCUCACGAUCCUCUAGUACAGAGUCAUUUGGGCUGUUCUCCUGUGCCAUCAACGGAGAGGAGAGGGACCAGACACACAGGGCUGUAUACAGGUUUAUCCCUAGACAUGUUGAUGAGUUGGAGCUGGAUGUGGACGACCCUCUGUAUGUCGAGGAGGAGGAGGAUGACUACUGGUACAGAGGCUACAACAUGCGGACGGGAGAGAUGGGGAUAUUCCCUGCCUUCUAUGCCCAUGAGGUCAUAGGGCAGUUCAAGGAGAUAAUGGGAGUGAAGAGGAACCCAGCCUGGAUGGACAGUUUCAGCGUUCAGUUCCUGGGUUCUGUGGAGGUGCCCUAUCACCAAGGCAAUGGUAUCCUGUGUGCCGCCAUGCAGAAGAUUGCGAUAGCGCGGAAGCGGACGGUCCAUGUGAGACCCCCCUCUCUGUGUGAGCUGGAGAUUAGUUUACAAGGGGUUAAACUGGUGAUGAGCCUGGAGGAUGAAUAUGACACUUUGGAUGAGUUUGACAGAUGUAGUCACUUCUUCCAGAUGAAGAACAUCUCUUUCUGUGGAUGCCACCCCAAAAACAAUUGCUACUUUGGCUUCAUCACUAAACAUCCCAUGCUGAACAGGUUCGCCUGCCACGUCUUUGUCUCCCAGGAGUCAAUGCGGCGUGUGGCCGAGAGUGUUGGACGGGCUUUCCAGGAGUAUUACCAGGAGCACCUGGAGUACGCUUGCCCCACCGAAGACAUCUACCUGGAGUAAAGCAGGCAGGAAGUAGGAAGUGUUGCCAUGACAACCAUAUCCUCUUCUUCCUGCUGCUGCUUGUGUAGGUUCAUCAAUCUCACCACCAGGGGGUACUGGUGGCUCUUCUUUCCAUUGUAAAAUACCCCAUAUAUACAGUAUCCCUCUAAAACUGGAAUGUUAAUUUCCGUUCUACAGUAUGCGACGUGUUUUAUUCAUUUAUUGAUUCAUUUGUUUAUACGUUUAUUUUCCAUCUUCUAGAUGGAUUGCCUGUUUCUUUUUCUAUGAUACAGUUCUAGGAAUAAGUCUUGGUACCGUAUUUGAGAUAUUAUGUAUCCUCCUCGGUUUAAAAAACAAUAACAACAAUGAAAUUCCUACUACUGCUAUUUCACAUGUUCCAAUGCAUGGCUAGGAGGGUAAUGCACACACAAUCACACACAUAAAAUUAGGACACACAAAUAGCGCAAAAAUCAAGAGGACAAUGAAGCAUAUUAUUUGGUGAGGUUUGGUGUAAAUAUGUUUUUGUUCAAAGAUCGAAGAAGAGAGAGAGUACAUUGAUGUGAUUGGUCCGAGCUAACACCUGUAUCGUGUACAAGAAAGUGUGAUCUGUAAAUAUACACAUUAGGAACACCUAUGUAUAGGCAGUAGAGAAAUACAGAUGACUUGUACAAACUAUGAAAGUAGCAUCCACAACCAAUAAUCAAACAAGAGGAAGUGAAGAAAGGAAAAAAUAAAGAAAUAGAAAGGAAGAGAGGGAUGAUGUUUUAGCCCAGUGUUUACCAAAUUGUGGGUCAGGAACAAUUGGUGGGACUUGGACCUAUUUCAGAGAGCUUAUCCUUUCACUGGUUGUGUUAUGUGGCUUAUGCCUGGUACCAGUUCUCUUCUCUAGUUCCUUCCCCAGCUUUGAAGUCCACCAUUUUUUUAUUCAUAGUUUGAAAAUGUACUGGCGUCAGAUCUGAAAGGACCGAGCGGGUGUAAGCGACGUGGUGAUGGCCACAGUUAGCCCUUCAAUUGAGCUAAAUGGAGUUGCCAUCAUAUUUAUUACACCUAUCCAGAUCCUUUCACAUCUGUGGGUGUGAACACUGAGCAGGAGCUAGGGGAAGGGACUAGGAGCUAAAAUGGAAUGAAGCCUCAGUUUUGCAAUGGAGGCUCUUCAUCAUAUUGGUCAUUUUGACAUUGAAAGGGUUCUGACUUAUGUUGAUGAUGUUGACCUGAUAGUAAGCCCAGUCCACCAUGGUCCAUAACUGUCUCAGUAGUCAUCUGUCAUUGGACAACAGCUCCUCUGAUCAAAUCUCCAAACACAGCAGUGGCAGGAAGAGGUUGCUAUGGAAACGGGGCGAUAACUGUCAGUGCUUUGGGAACAGAGAGAAAGAUUUUUAAAAAUAAUUUAAAAAGAGAAUCAUUCAGCUUCUGGACUUCUAAUGAUGCAAAUACAGUAUUACAGAAACAAUCCAAUGUUAUAUUCCUUUCCAUCUGGUCCAACUGUGAAGUGUCCUAAUGUACAUGUACAGAGAUAAUCAGUCUGAAUAUCAGGUUGAGGACAGUUGAAGGUCCUCUUCAGGAGAAGCCAUAAUCCCACGGUUCCGACUGUUCAACACUACUCCCUCACAGGAAGCACUGUUGUGCAGGUGGCUGUCCGUCCCUGUUUGAGUUGAGUCCACUGAGAAUAAGGCUAUAUUGGCCUUGGUUGACUGUCCAUAAGGCGACAAGGAAAGUAAUGUCAUGACAUCGAUAAUGCUGACUAAGAAAGUAGUGGUGCCUUCUGUGUCCUUCUACCUUCUCUUUGAGGUGGAUCAAGUCAAAAUGAGGAUAGACAGUUUAAGCAUUUAAGUUUUCAAGAUAUUAGACUUUCAAGAUGUCACCGGCCACCAUCAUGAUGAUGUUAAAUGCUAAUCAUUUAUGGAAAAAUACAAAAAUAUCGUUUUUGAGAGGAGUUCCCCUUUAAGUUAGAAAAAGGUUUGAUAUUGAAGUGCCACCAUUGAAAGACCGGUAGUUUCUUGGAUAUAAUAGGCUUGCUUUGGUCCGACCAACAGUUUUAGAAGUUGACUUUACAAUGUCUAAUGGCUCAUAUUCUGCCUGAUAAAUGUCCUGAGAAGUUGACCUUUCCACAUGUACUCCUUGAUUUCACUCUUAUCAUAGGUAAUAUACAGUACAUCGUUUACGUACUUAUAAUAGGACAUUUGACUUUCUACAGUUGUCUUUUCCAGUUCACAUAGCAUACUGUAGCCUACAGUAUAACAUCUAAACAGAUGAAGGGAGUAGAGAGGUGGCCAACACAGAAUGAAUUGAAACAGGUGUCAUACUGCAAUCCCCAAUAUCAGGUUGAGUGUAGAAGACGAGGGAUGCUCGUCUACUGCUUUUAUUCUUCAACAAGUAUCAAACGGCAAGAAGAAGAUCUUGUAGAGGAGAGCAUUGUUGAUCCGCUGGUGAUGAGGAGUCAUGGGACCUCCAUGGUGACCAGUUUAUUAUUUGUGAGAGUGGUGUCAGUAGGAGGGGAGAGAGGGUAUAAUCUAAAUGUGUAUCGCUGUCGGUUAGAUCCUGUAAAUACUAUAGAGAGUCAACAAAGAUAGUGCUGUGUCCUUUACGUUAAGGAUGUUAUUGAAGUGGAAUAUGUCAAAUAAAAGGAGACAAAAAAGAACCAUGAAAACCACAAUGGAAAGAGAGAACAUUGUACAUUUCCUUUUAUUAUUUGUUUUAAUUUGAGCGUGUUGCGUUUCCAUACACGUCACUGUCUCUACAUCAAACCACUAUGUUUUGUGAACCACUAAGUUCUUGCUAACUCAGACAUUCACCCCACAGACAGGCUUCAGCAGCACUGCUUUUAGGCAAAUCUGUGACAUUGUCAUUAGGGGACACACGUAAAGUGUCACCUUGCUGAUAUCCAAUGCCACACCCACUCAAGUGCUGGCCAAUCUGCUGAUAGAGCAGAGUAGUAAAGAUUAACCAAUUAAAAUAGCUUUCAGAGUCUGCUUUCACACGGGAACUAGAGGUGGGACCAAGUCACUAUUAUUCGAGUCACUGCAAAUCUCAAGUCACAAGGUUCAAAUCGAGUCCCAAGUAGAACAGGUUGAGUCUUGAGUCAAGUCCUAGUCUUGCAUUCUAAGAGCGAGUCGAGUCGCAAGUUUUUUUGUGUGUCUCAAAUCAAGUUAAAAAAAUAUAUAUAUACAGGCAAAGGCUUGUUUAACUACAAAUCUUUGUCCAUUUUCUUUAGGCUACCAGACAGCCCUUUUCAUUAUUUUGUCAACAUCACAUUUUGAUUAUAUGUAAUAAUUUAUUUUACCAAAUUCCAAAUGCAAGUCUUAUACAUAAAUUAUACAUUUCAAGCAAUUUUGACAUACCAAAACACCAGUAGGCCUAUGCUAGAAAUUGUUGCUUGAUGCCCCAUUGCUGAUGAGCUUGCAAAGUAAACGGUUCAUAUUCUUGAUCAUCAGCAAAAAAAGAGAGAGAUGUAUAUUCAUUUGACAAUCCUCUGUCCCUACAAUUUGACGUUUGCGCUGCACACGAUCCUAUAGCUGUUCAGCAAAUCAGCAAUCUGUUUGCCAGCUCAGUGGUUUUCUAACUGUUUGACCCGCAACCCCCAAAAGGGAAUGGUUCAAAGUGCGAGACCCCCACGCAAAGGUGCGCACAAUCGCUGCUCAAAUUUAGCCUAUCAUUACGGCCAAAAAACGGUGAUGCAUUUUCAAAACGAAAGAUACACAAAUAAACAUAAGUCAGAACCCUUUUACACCUGCAUUUUGAGCUGAAAGUCAUUCAUGUUAGCUGCCGAUAUCAACUAGGGAUAUCAUGUCACAGUGACCACGUUUACAUGCACACCAAUAUCCCGUUAUUAUUCAGGAUACUCAAGUAUUCUGUUUUUGAGAUGGUGCAUAUAAACAUCAUAUCCCAAUUACUAUAACCCAAAAAAGCUUUUGUCCCGGUUAUGAGAAACCCAGAUAAAAUGCCUGGGAUAUGCUGAUUUUAGAAAGGAUGUAAACAAUUUAUACCCUUUACUGUUGUUUUUCGCUGUCUGCGCAGGCUCAGUUGCACAUAUGUUGUGUUGUACAGUCCAUGGGGUUCUGCGAUGAUGUUUUCGUCAGAUUGUCAAAUCACUUCAAAGGGUGGGCUACCUGUCAAAUUCAAUCCACCAUAAUUCCAUAAUACUUUAUUUUGCCGCUACUCCAUACUGGACCGUAUAGCCGACUAGCUACAUUCACCACUAAUUUAGACAACUUUCUGCUUAUAACUUCUGACAUUUGGUAGGCCAUAUAAUUGACUACAUUUGGUAGGCCAAUUGUUUGUCAACUAUGGUUAGAUAGGCCUACAUGCAGCUUCUCUUCUGUCAUAAAUUGUUGCCCCAGAAGACUAAAUAAAGUAGUGCUCACCAGAAUAAUGUCUUACAUUUGAUAGAAUGGAUGCAUUAGUAAUCUAGUAAAUACCGGUAAAGUUGUCUGUUUUGUUUAGGGACCUGAAAGAAAAUGCAACAACUCCAAAACAGUGGAAAGAUUGGUCCUGUGCAAAAUGUAAUCAGUUUGACUGGUUUUAAGGAAAAGAAAAUCUGAGAAAACAAUUAAACACAUUUCUGAUAAGUCUUCAGUUUGGCUUGGGUGCAUAUGUCUGCUUGCAUUACAGUGUCAAAGAUAACACAUUACCCUGGCAUUUGUAUUUUCUCGAGAUGCUGAAAUAAAUAAAUAAUAUUUAUCCAUUCCUGUUCCCAUGACGAAAUUAGCAUUUGUUGUAUAAUUUUACUGCAAUAAAUGCGUAAUUCUGAAGGAGUUAAUAUUUUAUUAUGCUAUAUGUUGUGGGUAUAAUUUGUGGAACGUUCCACUUCCAACAUGAAUCUGUUCCAAAACUUCGUGAAGUACAAGCAUGCCAACAAACAACGCAUACAAAGUAGCAUGAUCAAUUCACCUAGCUAUCUAGUAGCUAAAUAGGCAUCAACUCACCACAUAGAUUAUUCUUAAUGUUUGUCCAUUGGCUACCAGAUCAAGGAAAAACAUUCUUCUGAAUAAACAUGGUGAGUGAAAAACUUAACCAAACUGCCAACAACCUACCCGGUAUCUUAUUCUGCCACUAUUGAAUUUUGAAUGCGUUGUUGGCAACCUUGUUAUUUACAAAGUUGGAACGUUCCACAAAUUAUACUCACCCCGCUACAUGUGAGAGGUAAUAGGCCUACUGUCCGUGUCCAUAUUUCAGUUACUAUCCCAUUUAGCCCAUAUUAAUUUAAAUGAGGAAUAUUCUGUUUAUUCACGUUUACUCGUGAGCGGGAUAUCAGAGGUGCAUGUAAACAAUUUAGCCGAAUAAGAUUUUAAGCGGCAUAUGAGCUCCUAUCCGGACUAUUGUGCGCAUGUAAACGUGGUCAUUGUCACUUCGCUGGAGCCCAGAGCUAGCAGGAUCAAAUGGCCUACCUGUAUGCAGCAGAGGCUGCGGGAUCGGAUGGAAAGCAUGACCUGUCUUUUUCUUCCUCACAAAUAAGCAAUUAAUUCGCCAGAAUAUGCUACAUCUUCAUCCCAUAAGUAUUGAAGGUAGUGUGAUGUUACCACUGAGCUGUAUAAUUAUAACCCACCCAAACUAAGCCAUAUCUGAAAUUUGAAAAUUAUAAAUUAAAUCACCAUUGCUAAACGGUACUCCAUAUGGAUCAUAUUAAUGUAGGCAGGCUACUCUGUUGUUACCAGGCAAAAUCGCAGAAAAUGAAACGAGUGCUUUUUGGUCACUAUUUGGAUGUGUGCGACCGCCUUUGCGCACCAAUGCUGAUGACUGGACAUUGGUCAACAGUCAAGACCCGCAGCUUUUUGGUUCUGAAGCACAUAUGAUAUGUUUUUAAAAUAAUUGUUCAAUGCCGUAGGCCUAUGUUAAUGACCAGAUCGAAUAAGCAAUUGUAUAAAUAUACAAUACAAAUGGUAGGCUAUAUAUAUUCUAUUAAAAUAUGUAUAAAAAUAUAUAUAUAUUUUGCCCAUUCAGUUUCAACUCCCUAAAACCUUCUCACUAUGUUGCUCACCCAGUGUUGGGUGACUUUGUUGGUCCAAUCAUAGGUCCAUGUGUGCGUUUCACUAGCCAAUAUGUUGUUGUUUUUUGCAAGUGCGAUACUGUCUCUGGCUCUCCACGGAGACAAAAUGUUCCAAAACCUGGUCAGAUAAUCAAGGGAUUUUAUUUUCUAUCAGGCUGAGUCAUCAAAUUUGUGAAUUGAGUCAGUCAUGUGACUCGAGUCCAACACCUCUGACGGGAACCUAUCGCAUCUUGACAAUGUAGCCCAUGGCUUUGAGCUCCAGAUGUGUGCCAUCUCUUAACUGUACCAGUUUGUUUUGUGUAUUUUUUCUGUCUUGUAACAGCUUAAUUGAAGUCCUUUGAACUUCCAUGAGAGAUAAAGUACACCAACCAACCACCAAGUAUCCCCUAGUCAUGUAUAGCAGCUCAGACAUCCAGUUAACAGUUAAUCUACUUUAAAAAAAAUCCAUAAACAAUAUUAUUCACUGUAUAACUAGAGCAUCAGUAUGUGACAAAAACACAUUCAUCUAUCUUGUAUCAUUAGGGGGACUUGUCAAAAUGUAAAAUAAAAACUAAGAAAAACACUGCCUUGUCAUGGGUUUGAUCUUAUGAAUAAACUAUAUGCUUGAUGUCA